AUAGAGAAAAAAACCAGCCAACCCUCAGAUCUGACUAUAAAAGCCAUCGCAAAACUCUUCUGCAGACUGAAGGCAGUACUCGCUCACCAGCAAACCCUAGAUCUUGAAAAACCCUUAAUUUCCUUCUUCUUCUUGGGAUUUCUCCUCAAGUCUCCCUAUCAAUCUGAAAAUAUGGAUCCAGAUUGGGAACACUUGCCUAGACACCUUUUGGAUUCAGUAAUAGGGAGAUUUGUGAAACCAUCGGACUUUUUGCGGUUCAGCAUUGUUUGCAAGUCGUGGUAUUCUGUUGCAAAGGAUAACAAAAGCAAACUUGCUAAGAUGACAACUCCGAUGCUCUUGAUUUCUACUAACAAAAGGCGUACUUGGAAUUUAUACAAUAUCGUGGAGAACAGGGUUGUUGAUAUGCAAUUUAGUGUGCCAAAUAAGCGAUAUUGCGGGUCUUCAAAAGGAUGGUUAAUAGCUGUGGAGAAGAAUUAUGCAGUAACUCUAGUAAAUCCAUUCUUUAGGUUAAAAGGCCGUAGGAAGAAGGAAAAUUCAAUCAUUCGGCUUCCUCCAAUGCCAGCUCCUUUAGAACGAGAUAUGUGGAAGGAAUGGUCCAGAACAUGUGAGUAUUAUGCGUUCAGGUCGACACUUUCAGCAGACCCGAUACUAAAUGCAGAGGAUUGUGUGCUUGUUAUCAUAUAUGGGGAAUAUAGUCAAAUGGCUUUUAUUAGGCCUCGCAGGGACAAAACAUGGAUAUGUAUCGAUAAGAAAUGGACCAUAAUUCAAGAAGUCCUGUACUUUGGAGAUAAAUUUUAUGCCCUAGAUCAUUGGAGCAAUCUUUUAUCGUUUGAGGUCAGUGCCGAGUCUAGCUCAAAUGUAAGAAAGCUUGUGCAUUACAGUAGUAAAUCACAACCCUGCAUGAAGUAUCUGGUGGUUUUGAAUGACAAGGAACUAUUGAUGGUUAUAAGGUAUUAUGAUUAUGGAGCUGAAUUACGCGUGACAGUAGGAUUCAAAAUUUUUGAAUUUAAUUUUCACGAGUGUGAUUGGAGUGAGAGAGACACCUUGGGUAAUGUUGCUCUCUUUUUGGGUGAUAAUUCUUCAGUAUCUAUCCCGGUUUCAAAUUUUCUAGAGUGUCAAUCAAAUUGCAUAUAUUUUAUCCAUGAUAUGGACCGUGACGGAUAUUAUUAUCCAGUUCCUAGUCAUUCAGAUUUUGGUGUUUAUGAUGUUAAGACAAAGAAAAUCUUGCCUCCUUUCAGCAUGCAUGCUACUACGCUUGUGAAGGAUACCAAGUGGCCACCAAUAUGGGUUGUGCCGACUUUUUAUUUGUAAAAGCUAUUUCUUACGCAUGUGAUAAGUUUUUUUUUUUUUUUUUUAAAUUCUUUUGAACACUUGAUA